AUGGUGAAGUCGUGCCAUAUAUCGUUUGGACUGCCUUGCAUCAUUGACCACGGAAAUAAUGUGUAUGGACCAUACCAGCACCGAAAGAAGUUUAUACCUCGGUUUAUUAUGCUUCUGAAUGCUGGGAAUAAAAUGACUAUUCAAAGCAAUGACGGCAAUAAGCACACAUUUAUACAUGCAAUUGAUGUGGCGCGGGCAUUUGUUGCAAUUAUUAACCAUGGGUUUAUUGACGAUGUGUACAGCAUUGGAUCUCGUGACGAGAAGAGUGUGCUGGAUAUUGCCCGUAUGACCGUUGUUAAAUAUGUGCGAGCGCACAUGAAUGGAGAGAGGGAGCCGGCAGGGCGCCCAAACUGCUUUCUUCACCUCUUCUGUAAGGACUUGUCUGUGCAUGUGUGUGUGAGUGGUGUGAAAUAUGACGAGCUCUUUUUCGUUCCCUGUGGAGUGUGGGGGUUAAUGUUUCCUGCUUCGUAUUUUUAUUUUAUGUCUUUGUUUUUAUUUUAUUCUGUGAAGCCACUACUGAAAAAAGAAAAAAACGUGCCUUCACCACCCUUCGUGUGGCUUUUAUUUAUUCUGUUGUUGAAGGAACCCGCGUGCAUUUUUCUUUGCCGUCUUUCUCUCUCUGCUGAGGGAACAACCUUUCCUCUGUUACUUCAUUCAUCUCCAAGGACUUGGAAUUGCCGACACUUCUGUGGGAAGGACCAAAAAGUGUCGCGGGGAAUGUGA